AUGUCGGGUUCAAUGCAUAUGUCGCGUCUCCGGAACUGGUUCCUCUCCUCUCCGCCUGCCGAGUACGCCAUCACGAGCCUCAAGGAAUUGCUGAUCGGCGCACUCCAACAGGGCCCUGUCCCCCAGCAUGUGGCCUUUGUCAUGGAUGGAAACAGGCGCUUUGCCCGGUCACAUGGAAUUGAGACAGUGGAGGGACACAAUCUGGGGUUUGAAGCUCUUGCAAGAAUCCUCGAAGUCUGCUACAAGAGCGGAGUGAAGGUAGUUACGAUCUACGCGUUCAGUAUCGAGAACUUCAAACGCUCGAAAUUCGAGGUGGAUGCGCUCAUGGAAAUGGCCAAGGUGAAGCUGUCCCAGAUGGCUCAACACGGAGACCUGCUCGAUCGAUACGGAGCAAAGGUUCGCAUCCUGGGCCGCCUUGACAUGCUCAAACCCGACGUUUUGGAGGCCGUCAACAAAGCUGUCGACAUGACCAGCCGCAACGGAGACCGCGUCCUGAAUAUCUGCUUUCCCUACACCUCCCGCGACGAGAUCACCUCCGCUAUCCGCGACACGGUCGAGGAUUAUACCACGCCGAUCCAACAGGGUCGCUCCGCGGCUGCUGCUUCCCGCUUCUCGGAAUCCCAUAUCACACAUAAUAUCCGCGCGCAGACGCUCGGCUCGACAACACAUGAAUCACACAGUGAUUCUGAGUCUACGUCUGGCUCUUCGGGGCAAGAUGAUGACACAUUUCCCCGGCAUGAGUACUCCGACCGAGUCUACGGGUCGAUGUCUUCCUGCUCGUCUUCCACAACCCUCCACCUCGGAAAUCAGCAAGACCCCAAGGGCGGCUCACCACCGAGGCCUGCGGCUGAGACAGAUAGCCCAGUCUACAUCUCCCCCGAAACCAUCUCUCGUCAGACUCUAAACGACCACAUGUUGACCAAGGGUACUCCGCCCCUGGAUAUCCUGGUCCGCACUUCGGGCGUCGAACGGCUGAGUGACUUUAUGCUCUGGCAGACUCAUGAGAACACGGAGAUUGUGUUCCUCGAUGUCAUGUGGCCAGAGUUCGACCUGUGGCACUUCCUACCCGUGAUGCUCGGAUGGCAGAGGCGGAUUUCCAAGUCCCGACAGGAUCCCAACGCAGAGGGGAACUUUGCCGGCGACACAAAAUCAAGCGAGGAAGGUCCAGACGCAAUGCUGUGGCGUCAAGCUGAAAAGGUCAAAGACAUCUAG